AUGGAAGAUACUGUGAAAGCUUUAGAAGAGAAAGUACCGCUCCUCCAGACGAAACUUGGAAAGAAAAGUGAAAGUAAGGCUGGUGCAAGCGGCAGUUCACCGACCACGUCGCCAGAAAACCCGCUUGGCAUCAAACCGGAGAGCUUCUCUGCGACGUCCAGCGAAAGUUGGGUGGUUUGGAUACGGAAAUUUAAAAGUAUUGCAGCCCUUAACAAGUGGAGUUCUGAACUUCAAUGUCAAAUAUUACCCGCGUACCUGAAAGGCCUUGCCGAACAGACCUAUUACAGCCUGACUGCCGAACAAACAGCCACGUGGACAGCCGUUGAACGCGCUCUGACAGAUCGAUUUCAUCCUAAGGAAUCUCGUCACGUACACAUUUCCGCUCUACGAGCCAAAUUAAGACGUCCUGACGAAGAUCUACAUCAACUGAGGUGCGACAUUUCUCGUCUUGUGGAGCUGGCCUAUCCGGAUGACCCCCCGGAUAUACUCAAUCGCACAGCCAGAGAUUUCUUCGUGGGUGCUUUGUCCCCUAUUAUAUUGCGAGAGAAGGUGUUGGAUUUGGGGCCCAAUACUUUGCCUUAG